AUGACCGUCAACAGCAAUGAGGGCGAACUCUUGGUGGCUGAUGGCAACAAGGUGGCCAACAAGGGUGUGGGAACCAUAAUGGAAAAGGUGGUUCUGCCCAACGGUGAAGAGCGUGAGAUCGAAAUCAAGAACGCGCUAUAUGUUCCAAGUAUGAGCAAGAACCUGCUCUCGGUACCACAGAUUAACAGCCAUGGCAAGUUUCAAGUCGUGUUUGACGGGUCCAAGAUGUAUGUGACUCUCAAGAACUCACAGGAAGUGGUGGCGACAGCGGAUCUCGUGGAUGGACUCUACUGGCUUCGGACGACUCAACUAUCAGCGAAUGUGACAACAAGUGGAACCAGUUGUGCCGAUCUACAUGCGAGAAUGGGUCAUGCUCCAGUCGAUGUACUUCGCAAGAUGAUCGCGACCAACAUGAUCAAGGAUGUGCGAGUCCCUCUCAAGUCGGGUGGAGCAACUACAUGUCGAGGAUGUCAACAAGGGAAAAUGGUCCAAAAACCAUUUCCAAGCAACCGAGACAAGCGCAGCUUGCUGACGGUCAUCGGUUUCUACCAGUAUUGGUAA